AUGUUGAUAUCAGAAAUCUUGAAAGCUCUGGUGUUUAUAUUCCUUGCUGUGUUGGGGAUACCUGGAAACAGCUUCAUUCUACUGAAGUUUGUCUUUGUCAGAAUAACAGAACGGAAAUUACUGUUGACCAAUAUCAUUCUGAUGUUCCUGGCUUUUAUGAAUCUCCUUGUGGUUCUCUCUCGAGUUGUACUCCAAAUACUACAUGCCUUGGGUGUCCCAAAUUUCCUGGAUGACAAUAGUUGUAAAUUUGCUUUCUUCAUUUACAGAGUAGGGAGAGCAAUGUCCAUUUGUGUUACUUGCUUGCUAAGUUGCUACCAGUGUGUCCUCAUUGCACCUAAUACUAAGCUGUGGAUAAGUCUUAAGUUGAAGCUGACCAAAGAGUUAUUUUUCUUCAUUAUCAUGAUACUUAUUCUUGUGAACUGUUGUAUUUAUACUAGCUCCCUUCUCUAUAAUUCUGCAAACAGGAACUCUACUGCGUCUCCAUAUUCUCUUCACUUGAUCUACUGCCACACAGACUUUCAGACCUCCAUUUCCUAUGUUACUUAUGGAACACUAUCUAUACUUCGGGAUUUCAUCUUUGUCGGCCUGAUGUCAAUUGCAAGCGGUCACAUGGUUUAUGUUUUACUGAAGCAUGAGAAAACCAUUAAAUACUUAAAAAAGACAGAACAAGAGCAGACAAGAUCAGCUGAGUACAAAGCUUCUAGGUCUAUUAUCUUGCUUGUAGCAUUUUAUGUGUUCCUUUUUGGGCUUGAAAAUGUGAUAUGGGUUUAUACACUGACAAUAUCUAGUCCUGAUAUUAGUAUAAAUGAUGUGCGCAUAGUUUUAGCUUGUUCUUACUCUGCCCUGAGUCCUGCCAUUAUCAUCAAAGCCAAUCCUAAAUUACACCCAUGUGUAAAAAUUCCAAUACAGAAAGUCACAUAA